CUCAAGCCCUUUUUAAGCCCUAACUCUCCUGCACCUUCAUCAUUUACCAGAUAGACUCUUUCACAGAGAUGAAGACUUAAGUAGCAGAACAGAAUUGAAAGAGAAAAAUGGGAAAAAUCCCACCUGUCUUACGCCCUUUGGUUUCAGCCAACACGCUUAUAACAACUCCAUUACAAAUUGAAAAAUCCCAACGCCAUAACUUUCUCAACAAAAGACCCUCCAGAAAACAGCAGCAAAAAGGACUCAUGAUUCACUAAAAGCCAAAAGAAUUCCAUCUCUGUUCAAGUCCUCUGAACUCUCAGAAGCCAAGAAACUAUUGGACUCCUUCAUUUCAACCAUACAAACCCCACCUGACUGCCCCUUCCACAACUCUCUCCUUCAAUCCUACGCUUUGAUGUCCACCGUUGAUAAUUCGAUCUCUUCUCCGCCGCAUGAUCCAAACCAACACCGCUUUCUCCACCGACCGUUUAACUUACCUUAUUUUUUCUUUCGCAGGCGUGCAAAGCACCUGAUUCUGACCUCUCUCGGGUUCAAAAAAAAAAAAAAAAGGCUCAAUUUGAUGUUCUAUACUUCAUUGAUGAAUGGUUUGCGUAGGAAACGAGACUCAUUGGGUGCACUGACAUUGUUAGAGGAGAUGGAGACUAGGGAUUGUAGUCCUAAUUGUUGCAUGUAUAACGCGUUGCUGCAUGUUUUGUGUAAGUCGAAAUUGUUGGAGAAAGGAAUUGAAUUUUAUGAGAUGAUGAAAGAGGGUGGUAUGAAGCCUGAGAUGGCUAGUUAUGCCACAUUUGUGAGGGCACUUUGUCGAGUUGGCCAGGUUUCUGAGGCUUACGAAGUUUUUGAUUAUGCGGUUGAAAGUAAGAGUUUGACAGAUGUUGGUGCUUACACUACAUUGGAAAUGUAAAGCACACUUAAGUGGCUGAAGCUAUAGAAAAAGUCCAUGCGGUCUAUUUGGUUGGUUUUGAUUACUAUUGUACUCUCUUUAUGUAAUUGUUCUUAUAGGUUGUCCUCUGUGCCGUUUACACUGGCAAUCAAAUCAUCUCCCAGCUUAUGCUAUAGUAUAGCACUCUCAAUUUUUUGUGUUGAAUUUGCUUGUAACAGUAAAUAUGCCUUCCCUCCAUUUGUUAUUCUCAAAUGCAUUGCUUAAUAGUAUAAUUUGCUGAUGCCAUCAGAACAGGUUUUUUAAGGUGCAUUUAAGGAUAUGGUCCUGUUCUUUUGUGGCAUAAGAUGCUGCUCUCAAGAGUUAAACUUGCAUUCUAGCACUCUUCAGGCUCA